GAAGGCUAAAUCAUUUUCGCGUAUUGCAGUCUAGUGCUAUACGCUGAGCUAUUUUAAAUGUCACAUGUAAUGUCGAACUUUAAUUGUAUUGAAACGUCUCCGUUGACAUAAGGCUUAUGAAUGUCCCUAACACCGUCAGCCAUGAACGACAGUGCAGCGACCAGGGGCCAGCAGCAGGGGUCAGGGCCCGGGCACACGCCACAGCCUUCCCGGGGCCCCUAUAUCUCAGUAAUAACCAACAGGACCACCAACCUGAUAAUCCGAGGGGCGAUGCUGUUCUCUGUGGGCGUCUUCCUGGCUCUGGUGCUGAACUUACUUCAGGUGCAGAGAAACGUCACCCUCUUUCCCCCUGAUGUCAUCAGCAGCAUCUUCUCCUCGGCCUGGUGGGUACCACCCUGCUGUGGCACGGCCUCAGCAAUGAUCGGGCUGCUGUACCCCUGCAUCGACAGUCGUCUGGGGGAGCCACACAAGUUCAAGAGGGAAUGGUCCAGUGUGAUGCGCUGCGUGGCUGUGUUUGUGGGCAUCAACCACGCCAGUGCUAAAGUGGACUUUGCCAAUAACGUCCAGCUGUCUCUGACUCUGGCGGCGCUAUCCAUUGGUCUGUGGUGGACUUUUGACCGCUCCCGCAGUGGCUUUGGCUUGGGAGUCAGCAUCGCCCUGUUGGCAACGCUGGCCACCCAACUCCUGGUUUAUAAUGAAGUCUUUCAGUAUACCUCACCAGACUUCCUGUAUAUUCGCUCCUGGUUACCUUGCAUCUUCUUUGCCGGGGUGAUAACUAUGGGAAACAUAGGACGGCAGCUAGCCUUGUAUGAAUACAAAUUCGUCCAGGAAAAGACGCAUCAGGACUGAGGGAUCUCACCGGACCUCUGCUCAAAUGCCAUCGUCUUUUGUACCGACCUGAAACCGCAGAGAGGCAGAGAGGCAUCUGCAUGCUGCAUAAACAAGGACUGGCUGGUCCUGAUGGAGCCAGUGAGGCAUGUCAAACGAGACCUGAGUUCCUGAUUGGCUGCCUGGUGCUAACUGCUGGGCAAGACAGUAUUUUGAUUGGCUGUCUUCAGACCAUUCAGAUCCUUGCUAGCUAUAUUGUUACCCAAGCUGAGAUGAACAAUUGUAGCAGAGUUUCUUGUGAUUUUUCUUCGGUGCAGUUUAUCUCGACAUACCUGGGAAGGGAUUAGCAGCGAAGCAUCUAUCGUUCUUCAGAUCAGCUGGAAAGUUUGAAACCCAUGGCUUUGUUGUGCCAAACACAACACGGGGAUCAGUUUUAAAGUCAGCUCUUAUCUCCAGAGUCUUUCACAUCCACUGAAUUUCACUUAUCAGUGGAGAACAUACAGCCGAGGCAAGUUAUAUCUUAAAAAGAUAUCUAUAUACCAAACAGUUUAUUGUAUGUAAUUAGCUUGUAUCUAAAUUUAGGUUUUCUUGAUAAAUGGAUGAUGUGUACUGUACUGUCUGCUCUGGCUGUGAGAACAAACUGUAGUGGGUAUUUCUACCAGCCAUACCUGUCCUGCUUAUCAGCAACAUGUAUGGAAUAAUCUGAUCCAAAGAAUGAAUACAUGAAGGACAGUGCUUUCUUAUUGAGUGAGCAAAGCUCUGAGGGUUUUGGUUGGAAGUGAAUGGUACAUUUGGAAUAGACUGACUAGACUAGAUUAAAAAAACCUAUGAAAUGAGUUUCAUCCAUCCAUGAACACAGGGUUUAGUUUAAAGCACAUUAAGACAUUUUCUGAAAGUAUUCUCUUAUCGUGGGACAAUUUCUAUUUUUAAAAUACUUUUAUGGUUUCAGGGAGUAACAUGUAU